GGUGGGCAGUCGCGUCGCGUAGGCCGGUCGUCCCUUCCUAUUCGGCCUAGAUAUCUCACCACAGAUGCCACGGCAAACGAAACUCUACCACGCGUGGUUGCCCGCAGUGAUGGCUCCGCAAUGCUCCUCAGCAGCCGCGAUUAUUUCCGAGUUCUCGUCACAUUCUUUCCAUGUUGACGACGCCCUGCAACAUGCCGACGACCCGCACAUCGUCUCGAAAACGUGCACGUAGCCCGAGUAUUCGUACCCUGGAACACGAGGAGAGCAGCAGGCGCGCCAUGCCGCGUUUGACGCCGUCAAACAAGCGUAGAGCGGUGGAGAGCUCAACACCCGGCCGGUCGACACCCAGGCGCGUCUCCGUCCGAAUCGAGGUGUCAGCAAGUCCAAAUACCGCCGAACUUGCGCAAACAUCAGCCCUAGUACCAACGCAUGACGACCCUCCUCCCCUUCAGACUUGCUUCGUAUGUCGUAGGCGCGGCGGCCUCUAUGCCUUCACUUGCAUCUUCGAGGAAGGGAGUGACAAGUGCACAAGGUGCGUCAAAGAGAAGAAGAGGUGCAGAGAGGCGACAACCGCAGAGAAGGCAGCACUGGACGCUCGAUGUCCUCAAUGCAAGAGCCGCGGGCAUGCGCGAUGUCGUUAUCCAGAUGGGAGGCCUUGGCAAAAAGGAAACGGUGGCAUCUCUUGUGAUGUGUGCAUAAGGAGAAACAAAAGGUGUGGCGCACCUGUGCGUCGCAUAGCAAACUCCAACACCCGGGCUUUCCUGCAAAUUACUUUUGGCGGAUCCCAGUCACAAGAGCAGAAUGCGGAUCCAUCGCAUGAGUCAACAGAGUCUGGGUCGCAGAAGACCUCCGGAGGAGACACUCUUAUCGAUGCAGAUCAACAAAGACAGGCAUCAAUGUCAGAGUAUGCCACAGUACCUUCGAGCUCGCGAGGGAGACGAUCGGGCACCGGCGCGAGCACGAUAGAUAUCGGCGCGGAAGCAACAACAGGUAUCUCGAGGAAAGGAACGCAUAUCGAAUCAUCUGAAGACCAUGCAACUAUGCUGAAUAGCGCACGAGUCAUCAUAUCAACAGCGACCAGAUCAAGUCUUACUGCUACACUAUCAGCCGUCAAAAAGAGACGUGUCUUACAACAGGGCACAUGGACACCGGAAGAUUCAGCAGAGGAAACGCCUCCCAUCUUUAACUUGGACGUCAUCCCUGAUGACUCUGAUGCUGCAGCUCAUAAACUACUAACAGAGGCAGGUGGAGCUGCGCUCCCUUCGCCUCCUUCAACCGAAUCCGAAACGGAGGACACAAUGGCGGCGCUUGCGUAUUCUAAGUACAUUGAGAUGGAUGAACCUACGUAUCCAGCCAACUCAGGUCCAUCAGACAAACAUUCUUCUGCGGAGCAACGACAGCACCGAAAUUCUGAGCCCGAACGUGUGAAUUCGCGUGCGCGUCAUAGCACCGCGAACUACAGUGCAAGGUAUACUCCGCCGCCUCUGGAUCUGUCAGACAACCAGUCGACAGAAGAGUUCAGUUCGUACGAAGGAAAUGAUGGCGACGAAGAGGCCGGGUCCGAUGAUGAGGAAGAAGUUGAAGCCUCUUCCGCCGACGAGCUUUUGUCUGGCGAAGAUAAUCUUGGGGAAAACAUGUUGUCGGACCUGGACGUUGAGCCUGAAGCCCUCGCAGAACCCAUGAAAGCCAGGACCAAACCAGCUAUGUCUUCAAGACCCGCUCGCAAGGGAAUCGAUCUCAGUCUCCCACCAAUGCACGAUAACGAAACAAUCUUUGCAGAUCUUACUUCCCGUGCAGUCGACCUGGGGCUCGCAGAUGCGUUGAAAAAAAUCGAUCGCGCUAUCAACGUUGCUACGAUGUGCUCUGGCACCGAGUCACCUCUAUUUGGUUUGAUCGCGUCAACAGCAGCGCUGGAGAACAAUAAUCAGCCACCCCUCCGGUUUCGACAUGUUUUCAGUGCCGAAAUUGAGCCUUUCAAACAGGCUUUCAUCGAGCGCAAUUGGGCACCAGAACUUCUCUUCAGAGACAUUCGAGAGUUCAUUGCAGAGGGAGCAACUGCUGCGACUACAGCCUAUGGCGCCAUAGCGAAGAUACCCGCCGGCGUGGACGUCCUUGUGGCGGGAUUCUCCUGCAAGAAUCUCUCUAGGCAAAACAAUCAUCAGAAAACCCUCAAAGACAACGGAGAGUCAGGUGAAACAUGGACGGCGGUCUACGAAUACUCAAGGCGAUUUCGGCCGAGCGUUGUACUAUUGGAGAAUGUCAAAAGCAAAGCCUCAACUUGGGAUGAUGUUGUGUCCCAGUGGUCUGACAUCGACUAUGAAGCAGGAUGGCUGUACUGCGACACGAAGCGGUACUACUACCCACAGACGCGCGAGCGAAUGUACAUGAUCGCAAUUGACCGAAGAGGAUCUGGCAAGAAGGCUUCCCAAGCCGUCGAGAAUUGGAAGCAGACGAUGCGCAAACUAGAGCGACCAUGUAGUAGCUCUUACGAAACGUUUCUUGCCAAUUUCCCGCGUGGUUCUGUUGAUUACAGCCCGCUAACUUCUGAAUGGGCAUGGGAGUUAUGCAAGCUGCGAUAUGACCACAUGCGGUCGGAGCUAGGUUUGGGUGUCAAACGUCCAUGCACAAGAUGGAGUGAGAAUGGUACGAAACAGCCAUUCGAACAUGCUGACCAUGAUUGGUUUACCGCGAGGUCCUCACGAGAAUGGGAAGCCAUUGAGGUUGCUUACCUCCGAGCAGCCGUGAUCAAUGGCAUUGAUGCAUUGUACAAAGAGAUAAUAUGGGAUGUUAGCCAGAAUCCAGACCGAUUCCACGAGAACCUUGGGCUGAUAGGUUGCAUCACUCCGAAGGGACAACUAUUCUCAACCAACUGGCAACGACCACUAAGCGGUAUGGAGCUGUUGGGAUACCAAGGACUGCCCCUGGACAAGAUUCACUUGGCUCGCGAAAGCGCGGCGGAGUUACAAGAUUUGGCUGGAAAUGCAAUGAGUACGACAGUCAUUGCUGCUUCUCAAAUUGCGGCCAUCAUCUGCGCAUCCCAAUUCCUCAAAGGUUCCUCAUCAGCCCAGCAACAACGCAUGGAUAAACUCGCGCCUUCAACCAAUACGCUUGUUAGAUCUGGACAGCUUACGGCAUAUGCACCGAACAUUGUGGAGCCCCAAACCAUCAAUGUUAAGGUACUUGCUCAGCACGCACGGUACAGCUCACAACUUUGUAGUCGUGAGUGCGAUGAGAGAAUAUGCGAGGCAGUCAUACAGGCAUGUGCCGCCUGCGGGCAUACCGCAUGUGCGUUACACGCCGGCAAUCCAAAACAUGUCUAUAUAGACACGGUUGAGAGAACGACGCAUCUGCAGAAUCCGUACACUUUCAUAAGCGAGUGGAGACCCAAGCUGCCCUCGCGUGUAAGCUUCAAGAACUUCUCGGGAUUCAGCUUUUCCACUACACUCCAAGCUCGACUUCCUCGAGACGAACUCACUGAAGAGUUCCAGCAACGAGUGCAUGACGUCGACAUUGAAUCAAAACAGUUUUACAUCGGAGGGUUCACAAGGCACCCCGGCUUUUGGAAGGUGUUGUAUAAGGCAGAUCAAGCUUACUUGGAACUCUACAUUGGCAAGAAACUUCAGUGGCUACUAUACGUCCAGUCUCCGUCCGAGCUACCUGGUGACAGUGCUUUGAGGGCACUACUGAGAACACCAGUUGCCAGAGGCUCAGUGAAAGAUUCCCUGCUGUCAGCCGAGUGGGAUAUCUACGUUCCUUCAGUCUAUAACAUUCCUCUGCACAUUCGUGGUUCAUCCGAGACUUCCAAGUCAUUCAAAAACAGACUGGCGCUCCGUGAUUUCCAGACAGAGACUAUACCUGCAACGCUCCACAUCCGUGUUGAUGAUAAUCGACCGGUCGACCUGCCCGAUGAUUGGAUUGAUUUCACUGGAGAAUACGAACACCUCCCACACUGUGGCACUGCAAGCCAUUCAUUGUACAAAAGAUCAUCUCACCCAGCACUCUACCUUUUCCUCGACCCAGAUCCCCUCGGCCGCGGGAAAGACGAUUCCUUUUACUUCAGCUUCGAUUGUGAGAGAUUGCGCUCGGGCGAUCACCGCCAGUCUGUCGCCCAUCUGAGACCAUCUUGGCGGCCCGAGAAUCAUGCGGAUACAAACGACAAUUUUGUCGAAGCAAUUUCCUUCGGAUCAUGGGAACGUGCAGACGUCGGUACCAUAGACCUAGCCUCAGACCUGCUCUCGUUGAGCGCAAAAGUGCUGACAAAGCCCAACUUUUUUAUUGAGGAGAAACGUGCAUGCACGAACGCCAUGAGCGUAUUGGAGGUGGAGGCACUCGAAGUCCUGCCCACCAAAAAUUUGGAUGCCUAUUUAUGGGCGUUAGACAAUGUUUCUUCAGCACCAUCUUCUCCAAGUUGGCAACCGUUUGGUACAAGCUCAGAUGCUGACUGUACGUGUGCGCCACCGUUUCCAGGGCUUCUGUGGAGCGUCGACAAGGCUGGAGUCGCUACCGCGUAUGAAAAUCCAAAAGCGGCCGCAACACGCGAGCGCGCCAUCAAGACCCGCUGCCAAAUUUUCCACAUCGAGUCAGAGAUUGUCAAUAAGACAACUCGUAUCAAAUUCGGCGUGAACAUAAACUCUUUAGCGCAUCGCGCUGCCAGAACUCUUCUUCGAACGAGGGGAUUGGCGCCUGCAGAGCCUGUAAAUGUGUCUUGGAGGCUUUUGACCGACCAAAGACGCGUAGCUUCCGUUCGAUUCCCAGAAUUUCGCUUGCAGAGCAAUGCCACCGACAAGCCGUUCUCAAAGAGACUCAGGAUAGCGUAUGAGUUACGUGGAGCCCAACCUCGAGCGCUUGAAUGGAUGCGGGCCCAAGAACGCGGUAUUUCUUUUACUAUCACUGAAGUCGAAGAAGCUGUUCAUAUAAAGUUGGGGUGGCGGGCUGAGGCUCGAGCUCAGGCAAAAACUGUAGUACGUGGUGGAGUACUUGCAGAUCGACCGAGUUUUGGCAAGACCGUCAUCACUAUUGCCCUCAUUGAAAGCGAAUUUGAAGAAUGCAGAGAGGGCGCCUCUGUGAUCAAUAAGAACAGGUUGAUUGAUAAGCAGAAGCUUGCCCUGAUAGAUACAGCGGCUACCCUCAUUGUCUGUCCUCCACAUCUUGUCGACCAGUGGCAAGAGGAGUUCGAGAAGUUUCUUGACACCAAGUUGUACGAGCUCUAUAGCAUUGUCUCGAUUAAGACUUUUGCGGAGCUCCAUAGCUUGACAUUCGAAGACAUGCAGAAUAGCAGGGUUGUCAUCGUCUCUUGGGCAAUCCUAUCUGAUCCCGAAUACAUCGCCUACCUCGCCGGGUUUUCCGCAAUGCCUGAACCAGCUACUGCUUCCACCAAAGGUGCGCCCAACCGUCGUGCUUUUAAUGCGUGGAUGGAACGUGUCAGCCAAGAACUUCCUGCCCAGCUCACGAAGCAACAACAUAUGGAUCCUGCCGACUUCAGCGCAAACACAGAGAGCUUGCUACGAGAGCGACUGAGCCGAGACGAGUUCAAUAUGGUCUUGCCGCUGCAAUUGCGACAAGGCAGCCAAUAUCAGCCCUACAAUGUCACUCAAGCUGGCAAGAAGAUAUCCGAGGCAAAAGCCAACUCGAAGAAAGGAAAGACCCGCAUAUUUUCUGUGCCUCUCCUGCAUCUGUUCUGCUUCAACAGGAUCGUGGUCGACGAAUACCAUUAUCUCAAUGUACACCAGAAAGAUCAAAAGAAAAUCCACGAUAAUCUCGUCUCCUCCGUCGGUAUCAAGGCAAUAGCGGCGCAUAAGCGAUGGGUGCUUUCAGGCACUCCUGCCCUUGGAUCCUUUGCCGAUGUUGAUAACAUUGCAUCAUUCUUGGGCAUCCAACUCGGAAAGUACUCGCCUCGAUCUAAUAUCGGAAAACAGACGCAGAUUGAGGAUAUGCAGAGUGAGGCCCAGACCAAGGUGGAGAGGUUUCUAGCGCAAAAAGAGACCAUGUCCUCACAUUGGCACCAAGCCCGUCAUCAACUCGCGCAAGACUUCCUGGACAAUUUCGUACGACAGAAUGAACCGUCUCUUGAGCACAUUAGUUGCUCUGAGUCCCUCCGAACCAUCGACCUCGAUGUCGCGCAUCACGCUGUCUAUCUGGAACUCUCACAGCACUUGAUCUCACAGCGGAUGGCUCUGAAACGCAUGAAGAACACAGAAGGCGCGGAUCGGACUAAUAGAUUGAACGCAAGUCUGAACGGAUCUAGUACUGGAGAAGACGCGUUACUAAAGUGUGCCAUGCUUUACGAUUCUAACGACGGCGGAUCGGGUCUCCGAGCGCUCUUGCAGACAAGAUCGAGAGAGUAUCAAGAGACGGUGGCUGACCUGAAGAGACUAUUGCGUGGCUUCGAAGGUCAACGCAAGAGGAAUUUCGAGGGAUUACAGAAGAGCUUACAAGAGGAGGGGUGUAUCUCUCAGCUCUACAUGUACUUCGGGAAGGACGUCUGCAUCGACAACUGGCUUGGCGAUGACAAGGCAACUAGGAAGAUCCGUGCCUUAGUGAAGGAUGCUGAAGCCAACCCGGAUUGUACAGAACUCAUCAUCGAGGGGAAUAGGAUAGAUGAGAAGGUCAAGAACAUAAAGAAGGCUUUAUCGAAGCUUCGCACUACUGCAAACCAGCUCGCUUUCCGGAUUAGGUCUGCACGCUUUAUCUCCAACGUGCAGAGCCUGCUUCAGCCAUUGUGCGAAAGCUCGAAUCUCACGAGACACUGCGAUGCCCCAGAGUGUCAAGGCAGCGCGACCAUCGCCGAUCUGUAUCUGACCUCGAGCUGUGGUCAUCUGUCUUGUGAGCGUUGCCUUGCAGACAGGACUGACAACGAAGUUUGCGUGGUACCCAGCUGCAACACUACUGUCCAGACCAUGAACCUCGUCAAAGCCACGCACCUUGGAUCCCAAAAGGAGAUUGAAUCUGGACGAAGCUUCGGCCGUAAGCUGGACGCCGUCGCGAAACUAAUCGCAGAACUCCCAGAGUGCGACCAGUGUCUCGUCUUCGCUCCAGACAACCGUACGACCAGCUACCUCAAGGAGCUUUGUGAUCACCACAACAUCUCACAACUGGCACCCAACGAGAAGAAUCCCGCUAAGGCUAUCCAAGCCUUCAAGAAAAACCCCAACGUGAAAGCCCUCAUCCUCGACCUCACCAGCGAGACCGCAGCAGGGGUGAAUCUCUUCAAUGCAAACCACAUUCUCUUCGUUGCCCCCGUACUCGUGAAAAGCCAGUAUGAAUACGACGCCGCCAUGGAGCAAGCGAUCGCACGGUCCCGCCGAUACGGCCAGGACAAGCACGUCCGCGUCUACCACUUCGCCGCACUGCAUACUGUUGACGUCGAUAUCCUAGAGCAUCGGCAUAAGCGCAAAGACGGCAUCACAGAUAUUACGGCACCAGUAAGUCUGCCUCACACAAAACUCAAGCAGAGGGAGAGGACAAAGCUGGUAAGGAACAAGACAGGGAGGAUGGCUUUGGUGCCCAUGAGUUGGGUAGAGGAUAGGAGGGCGAGGGGGAUAAUGGGGGUGGAGGAGAGCCCGCAGAGCUUUACAAGUUUGAUCAAAUUCUCAGAGGGGUUUGGGGACUGAGUGAUAUGUUCGUGUUGGUUGUGAUGUAAGUAGUAGAUGCCUGGCGUAUGGAUAUCGUGAAGGUGGCUGUGUUCUUUGAUACUGGAGUUUGGUUGAUAUGCCAGGUUUGUGUGUAUUAUAUUGCCGAUGAGCG